UGCCUCCAGUCAGCUCCUGCACUCCAGACUCCAGCCACACUCCUGCUCAGCGCCAUGGCCCCAGCCACACGUCCUCUCCUGAGUGCAGCGCUGCUGUUGCUGCUGCUAUUGGCCACCAGCCACCAGGCUACAGGGACAGUUAUGGCCAGUGAACUGCGCUGUAAGUGCCCGAACACCAUACCAAGGAUUGCUUUAGAGGAAAUCCAGAGCUUGAAGGUGACGCCCUCAGGACCCCACUGCACCCAGACAGAAGUCAUAGCCACUCUCAAGAAUGGUAAAGAAGUUUGUCUGGAUCCCAAAGGCCCUAGGCUUCAGAAGAUCAUUCAAAAGAUCCUGAAGACGUGA